AUGUUUAAAGACUCGGUAGCUGAUAGAAGAGCAUUAUUACAAGGAGUGGAUUUUAUUAUUAAAAAGAUGAAUCAAGAAGAGGAAGAAAAAAGGGAAGAGGGGGAGGGGGGAAAUUGGAAAAGAGAUAAAAGGAAGGAGAAGGAAGAAGUUGAAGGAGAGGAUGAAAGAAGAAGAGAAGAGAAUGAUGAUAUAAUGGAAGAGAAUUGGAAGGAUGAAAUGAGGGAGGAGAAGGAAGAGAGUGAUGGAAGUAUGAAGGAAGGAAUGAUGAAUUUGAAUGAAGUAAAGAAGGGGGAAGAUGGGGUGAAGAACAAAAUGAGGAAGAAAAGUAUUGAAAUGAAAAUAUGGAGGGAAGAAGAAGAGAAUGAAAAUAAAAGGGAAGUGGAAGUAGAAGAUAAGGGUGAAAGGGGAAGGGAUGAUGAAUUAAGCAGAAUGGUUAGAGAUUCUCCUAUAAAUGUGGAGAUACCAACUUUAAAUGGAAGGAAAAAUAAGGAAAUAGAAGAAGAUAAAAGAGAAUCAAUCAAGGAAUUGGAAGGAAGGAAAUCAACAUUAAAUAACCAAUGGCAACCCAACAACAACCUCCAAAACGAUCAACAAACAAUUGCUGGACAAUUACUAAUUUUUGAUUUGGAUGAAACUCCACAUCUCUCAUUUGAAUUACAGAAACAUAUCAAUUCAGCAGAUGAAUGUGCCCUUACAAAAAAUAAUUUGACAAUGUUAGGUGUUGCUAGUGCUUCUUUUGCUUUGAUUUUAUUGUUAAUAACAGCAUUAAUAUUUAAAAGAUUUGGAAAGACUAAUCAAAAGGAAGAAAAAAAUGAGAAACAAAAAAGUGAAGAAGACGUGAAUUCACUAAGAUAUUCGCCUAAAUCUUCUUCUAAUGGAUUUCUGCGAAGAUGGAAGAAUUGUAUAGAUGGGAAAAUAUAUCAAAGGAAAGGGGAUAUUAAAAGGGAGAUUAUUGAAUGA